AGACCAUUAUAUCCUUAUUUCUUAGCUGUUUUCUGCAACCGCACAGGCGAAUAAUAAUUAAAAAAAAACAAGCACUCGUUGCUUUUCAUUAGUCUUCAUUUGCGAUCAGGUAUUCCUCUCCCACAUUACCCUAAAGUUAUUAUCAUUAUUUUCCGUACUUUUCGUUUCCACAUCUCGUUGUUCGUUGAGUGGGCAACGUGAGACUCGCGGUAACAAAACAAAAACCCCUGUUAGUGAAGAAAAACACGAUAAGGAGCGGUACUCCUUUAUUAAAAAAACAGAAAGAAGCGCUACAACCGGGUGACAAUAGGUGUUUUGUCUUCUCCUUUUUCUUAUCUAACUUGACUGUCUUCGUGAGAAAUCAAAACUAAAAAAGCAAAUAUACACAUUUGCCUUCUGAGUUUUCAGUGAGCCGUUGGUGCGACCUAUUCUGAUACGAUCUGCUUUAUCUACGCUCUUACCUAACCGUUGGCCACUGCGAUACUACUUUGCUGGUCGUUGACUUCUACGUGGAGAUUCGAGACUGAGCAAAGCCAAAUUUGCCGUCGUUUUUGUUGAGCGCAGUAAGUACACAGAUGAUAUCUUGGAGGCCGCGCUUUUCUCCCUCAAGAAAAGCUUUUUAACCUCUUUGAGAAUCUCAAAGAUAUCAGCCUUUUUAUCAUCAACUCUCCAAAGGCGCACCCUUCUGUGAAAAGGGGGUGCGCUCUGUCUAUUCAAGUGGGGAAACAAAACACAGCACCUUGCAAAACGGGAAGAAAAUGGCGGUGACCUUUGAAGUUGUUAUGAUGCACACGGCAUCGAUCAUUCUUGGGUUUUGCUGCCUGUUUGCCUACAACUCCUUCCUCUCUUCGCCCUCCUACCUGGAGCAUUACUUCCAGUUCGCAGCUGUCAAGUCCAACGACAAUGUCAGCACGCUUCCGGAUGCCAAGACGCCGUCUUUCUGGAACAACAUCUCAACCUGGGUGACCGUGCUGAUGAUGGUGCCCAUGUUUUUGAUGCAGUUCGCAAUGCUCUCGCCUUGGGUGCUUCGCCAAAAUGUGCAGACUCGUAUGAUCAUCGGUGCCUUUUUCUCGCUGGUCUCCGUGCUGCUGGUGCCCGUGACCGCUGCCAGCGGUGGCGUGAGCGAGGGCUCCGCGAUGGCUGUCCUGAUCAUCGCGUGCCUGCUGUGCGGUGCAGCCACUUCCGCACUUGAGUCGUCGUUGUACGCUUUCUAUGGAGCGCUGCCCACGCGGUACAUGACGAGCUUCGUGACGGGAGGCGGUAUCUCUGGCGCCAUCACUUCCGUUCUUCGUAUCGUCAUUUCCGUCGGUUUGCCCCCGACGUUCAGCGGUGUGAAGGCGAGUGCGGUGAUCUUCUUCACUAUCGGCAUGGCGCUGAUGGUGCUGACCAUCGCCAUCGUGCUCCUGCUGCGUCUGAGCCCGUUUGUGCGCUCGUACGUUCCGGACUACCGCCGUCCCGAGGAUGUGGCGCGCUGCGCCCACACGGAGGCGGAUCAGGCGGCCGAGGAGACGCGCUUGCGGCGGCUGCGUCUGGACGCCGACAACGUGGGCACACCUGUUGUACAGGAGCCCAUUGCGGGAGCGGAAGGCAUCGAGAAGUCGAAUCAAAACACGGUGGCUCCCCUGCAGGGAGUCGCGGAGGUCGCAGUGGGGGACAAUGGCGAGCCCGCAAGGUCGGGGAGCGACAGCAGCUGCGUCACCUCCCCCGACAGUGCGGAGGCGACCGCGGCGGAGGAGGAGGAAGGCCAGACGAGCGUGAUUGUCGUGGUGCGGAAGAUCUGGGUGAUGAUGGUCUGCCUGAUUGCCGAUUUGUUCACGACGAUGGUGCUCUUCCCCGGCAUUGGACUGAAAGCGAUGCACGUGUCCAAGAAACCGACCACGACGCACGGUGAUGGCACGACGUGGGGUUCGGAGGCGAUGAUGCCGAUGAUUGUGGUUCUGAUGUUCAAUGUCGGCGAUGCGAUUGGCCGUCUGUCGAUUAACUUCCACUGCGUGUGGGCUCCUCGCUCGUGGGUGCCGUUCAUUGUGGUGGUUCGUACGAUCGUCUGCGUGAUCCCGCUCGCGCUGGGCGUGUGCACCCCGAAGGUGAUAGACUCGAAUGCGAACCCGAUUGUCAUGUUUCUGGUGCUUGGCAUCACAAAGGGCUACCUGAUCGGUCUGACGAUGGCGUACGGCAGCAGCGACCCGCGACUGACGCCGAAGGAGCGCGGUAUCGCUGGCGCGUGCCUGUGCUUUGCCCUGCUUAUCGGCAUGACCUUUGGCUCCGUGGUCAGUCUGAUCGUGGUGACGCAGGCGCUCUAG